AAUCUUUUUGAGUGUUUGUUGGAACCACAGACUCUUCUUUUGUGAAGGCAUAUUAAAAUGUUUGUGACCAAACUUUAACCAGAGAUCUUUAAGAACAUCAUUGACUUUGCAGUUUGAUAUCACCAAAAUUUUUUAAAAUUAAUUUCUUAGGGUUCAAUUGAUCCGGUUCAACCGGCUAAUUGGUUUUGGUAAAAGGUGACGUGUCAGACUGUUAUUGGUUAACAAGCUAGGUUUCUCACUUUCCCUCCAAACAAAAAAAGAAAAACAAAUUGAAAAAUAAGUUUUAAGACAUAAAGAAGCUUCAGACAUGAGUAGACCCUUCAGCUUCUUCUCCCUCCGGUCUUGUCUUCUUUAAGACUCUGCAAAAUACGACCAUGGCCGGCGAAUCAAGAAAGCGAAAGGUUGGUCUUUUAUACGACGAGAGGAUGUGCAAACACGACACACCUGACGGUGAGGACCAUCCCGAGUGUCCUAAUCGCAUCAAAGCUAUCUGGGCGAAGCUUCAGCUCACUGGUCUCGCUCAAAGAUGUGUGGUUCUUGGUGGUAGCAAAGCGGAAGAUAAGCAUCUUCAACUGGUUCACACAAAGGAACAUGUUAAUUUAGUUAAGAGUUUAAGCACAAAGAAGAAAGAUUCUCGGAGAAACAAGAUUGCUUCGAAGUUGGAUUCAAAAUAUCUUAAUGGAGGCUCAUCAGAAGCGGCGUAUCUUGCAGCUGGAUCUGUUGUAGAGGUGGCGGAGAAAGUUGCAGAAGGGGAGUUAGAUUGUGGCUUUGCUAUUGUUAGACCACCAGGGCACCAUGCUGAGGCAGAUGAAGCCAUGGGGUUUUGUUUGUUCAACAAUGUUGCAGUUGCGGCUAGUUAUUUACUAAACCAAAGACCGGAUCUAGGUAUCAAAAAGAUUCUGAUUGUUGAUUGGGAUGUCCAUCACGGAAACGGUACACAGAAGAUGUUCUGGAAAGAUCCUCGUGUACUAGUUUUCUCCGUUCAUAGGCAUGAUGGUGGAAGCUUCUAUCCAACGGGAGAUGAUGGAGAUUAUGACAAGGUUGGGGAAGGAGCAGGGGAAGGGUUUAACAUAAACGUUCCAUGGGAGCAAGGAAGAAGAUGUGGAGAUGAAGAUUAUAUUGCUGUAUGGGACCAUAUCUUGAUUCCUGUGACCAAAGAGUUUAAUCCUGAUCUUAUUUUGCUUUCAGCUGGAUUUGAUGCAGCUAUUGGUGAUCCGCGUGGGCGUUGUUUUGUUACACCAUAUGGAUAUUCAGUUAUGUUGAAGAAGGUUUGUGUUGUGUUUAGUGUACUGAUUGGUUUGGCUUGGUUCUUUAGCCCUGAGCUUCUUCAAUAUGUUAUCUCUCAGCUGAUGGAGUUUGCACAAGGAAAGAUUGUGAUGGCAUUAGAGGGAGGGUACAAUCUUGGGUCAGUUGCAAAGUCUUCACUGGCGUGUGUCCAAGUUUUGCUUGAAGAGAAACAAAUUCAAGAUUCCUUUGAAGAAUACCCAUAUGAGUCUACAUGUCGUGUCAUAGAAGCGGUACGCAAGAGGCUAUGCGCAUACUGGCCUUCACUUGCAGAUGAGUUACCGUGGGAGGCAAAAACUCCUAGUAGUCCAACAAGCAGUAGUAGUAGCGACGACGGAGAAGAAGUUCUAGAGAGCACUUUUAUUCAGGAGAGGUGCAUUAGAGAGGCUAAGCUCACAAUUCUCUCCAUCCGUUAUAAAAAAGCAAGCCGAGAGCUUGCGUGCUUCCUUGGAGGUGGCCUUGGAAGAAAAGGCGGCGCUACAGACCAAGGUGGUUGAACUGCAAGGCGAGAAGUUGCGCCUUCAAGACAAAUAUGCAGCGGAGGCAAAGGAGGCCGCUGAGAAACUGACGCAUGUUUCCAGCGAACUGAGAGAGGCCAAGAUCGACCUUGACUUUCAGCGUGAGCUUUUCAAGAAGGCCAGCGAAGAGAAGAAGUUGCUGGAGGUGCGGGUCCUUAAGCUUGAAGCUGAACUGCAGCAGGAGGCUAGCGAUAAGUUGCGUCUUCGAAUCUCACGAGACAGAUAUGCAGCGGAGGUGAAGGAGGCCGCUGAGCAUCUGACCAAAGUUCGCAGCGAGCUGAGAGAUGUCCAAAUUGAUCUUAACUUGCACCGCAAGCUUCCCAAGAAGGCCAAGAAAGUCAAGUAGUCAAAGUUAGAGUGGAGUUUCAUUGCCCUUUUUGUAAAACCAAACUAUGGUUACUUCUUUUUGGAGGUUUAGUGUACUCAACUACAUGUCCACACUAAACCAUGUUGGUUGUAGUAAAAUAUGUUUAUCUCAGACUGUCAUUUACUGAGACUUAAGAUUGUUAGAUUUCUCUCA